AUGUUCCGAAUAAAUAAAUUGGUGGCUUUCACAUGUAUUACACUGCUCAUUUGUCUUAUUUUACUGGUAAACAGUACAUUGAGCAUGCGCACAAACAAUGAUCUAAUGGAUUUACCUGAAAGUUAUUCACCAGAAUAUGAACUGCAUAUUUACGACCAUAUAGAGUACCGUUUUAUCAAGAUACUAUUGAGAAAAAAAAUCGUAAAAUUGAUCAAUCAUUUUAUUCUUAUUAUGGUUAAAGAUUUUAUGUUCUAUCAAAUAUGUGUGAUGAAUUCUAAUCAUCAAUUUACUUUGAACAUUGAAAAAAAAUGA